GAGACACCCACUAACUGCCACCACGGAAUAUUUACCAUGACCUGCUGCCUCCGUCUAUAUUCUACAUCCUGUUCUACAACUCAAAGGAACACUUUACCCCUUUCACCAAACUAGACUCUACAUCUACCAAGUUAUGGAAUCUUAUACAAUAUCCUCAGGAACCAUCAACAUUACCCAGAAUCAAAUUUUUAAAGAGAACUGUUUCUACUAAAUUGGGAUCAACCACCAAAUUGCAUUAUCAACCACCAGGCACCAACAGAAAUAUGGGGAGACUUCUGCGGUUUGGAUUUCUAAUUUUAUUUUUUCUUCCGAAAUACUCCGCAUCGAACUUGAUUUAUCACGUGAAGGAAGAGAAAGCAAUUGGUUCAUACAUUGGGAACAUCGCUGCAGACUCCCAUUUAUCAGACAGGGUGGUCCCUGAACAUGUCCCCUUCAUCACAUUCAGUCAACUCCAACGAAGGGGCUCAAACAGCAUUAGUCAGUUAUUCAAUGUGAGCAGUAAUGGUAAACUAUUCACGGCUCAGGCGCUGGAUGCCGAAACUCUGUGUAUUUACAACAAGGAAUGUUUCAGAAUUGUUAAAGUUGCUGUGAGAAAAGCAAACAAAUUCAUGAAAAUUCUAAAAAUCAAAGUAAUUAUUCAGGACAUAAACGACCACGUUCCUCAAUUCCCUGUCAAACAAGUGAAUAUCCAAUUUUCUGAGAGAGACGGUAAAGGUUCCAAGAUAUCGGUACCAAAUGCCAUUGAUAAAGAUGUUGGAAUUCUAAACUCUCAGAUCACCUACCAACUUCGGAAUAACAACAAUCGGUUGUUUUCUCUGUCUGUCUUUAAAAGAAUUGAUGGUAGAGCUAAUUUGGCCAUUAUUUUAGAAGGGAAACUGAAUCGUGAGGAAAAGGACACCUACAUGUUACAAAUCGUUGCCAAAGACGGUGGUUCUUUACCAAUGCAAAGUGUUUUAAAUGUUCAAAUUGCAGUGAACGAUGUCAAUGACAAUCCACCAGUGUUUUCACAUCAAAUGUAUAAUGUUUCCAUUAAAAACACCCACCAGAUGUCACUGCCAGUUGUGGUAUUGGCUGCCAAGGACCUGGAUGCAGGGGAAAACAGCAAAAUUCUCUACCAUUUUAGCCCCAAAACUUCAGAUGAAGCUAAAAGUCAUUUUGAAUUGAAUAAAACUACCGGAGAGAUUUUAUUAAAAAAGAUAUUUCCCGUGGGUCAGAAGGUGGUUUAUAAAUUAUUUGUUGAUGCAACUGAUGGAGGGGAGCCUCCGCUAAGUUCAACAGCCAUUGUUUUAGUAAAUGUUAUGAACCAACAAAACAAUGCGCCCAACAUUGAAGUGGAUUUUGUGUUCACAUUGACAGAGAAUGUGGCAUCGAUCUCCGAAGACAUUGAAGCUGGGAGUUUCCUUGCUUAUGUAAUGGUCACUGAUAACGACAUGGGACUGAAUGGAGAGGUCAACUGUGAGCUACAGCAUGACAAAUUCCAGCUUCUGAAUUUUGGUUUCAAGGAAUAUAAAGUGAUUGUGAAGAAUUCAGUUGAUCGAGAGAAAGAAGACCAUUAUGAUAUUGUUAUAAAAUGCAGUGAUCGAGGCUCUCCACCGUUAAGGGCUGAAAACAGGUUCUCCAUCCGAGUGACAGAUGUGAAUGAUGUAAAACCCCAGUUUACCAAAGAUACAUUCAAGUUCCUCACCUAUGAGAAUGAAAAAUCCAAUUUUCCUGUUGGUUUUAUCAAUGCCACUGACCCCGAUCUGGAACUUGGGGGUCAGUUGACUUAUUUCCUACUGGGCACCGACACAAAUGACAUUCCUUUCCAAAUAACAAAUUAUGGAUUCAUAUCAACCAAGUCGUCUUUAGACAGGGAACAACAAGAAGUCUACAAAUUUAAGGUUUUUGUUAAAGACAAUGGAACACCACCGUUAAACAGCACAGCAAACAUUAUUGUUAAGGUGGUCGAUGAAAACGAUAAUGCCCCUUAUUUCACCUUUCCAAGUGUGGACCCUUUUAGUUUGGACUUUUAUUACCAUCCACAGAGUAAGAAUGACCUCACAGUACUGAAGGCCUCCGACAGGGACAACCAAGAAAAUGCUUUCCUUAAAUACGAAAUUAUUGGAGGCAAUGACAAACAUCUAUUUACUGUGAACCCUUAUACAGGAGUUCUUUCUUUCUCUCGGACUGUUUACCAAAACGAUGCAGGAACAUACGACCUAAAGUUUAUGGUAAAAGACAGUGGCAUGCCAUCUUUAUCAGCCGCAACAACCUUAACUCUCUCAUUAAGUGUUAGCAACACCACCUCACCAAUGUUGGCUGCAGUCCACCAACAAUCGGACAGUUUAAUCGAUGUGACCUGGGUCGUUAUCAUUGUCCCAGUGGCUGUCGUUCUAUCAGUGGUGAUUGUUAUUUCUGUCACCCUGUGUGUGAUUAGAACUCGAAACCAGAACAGAGCCUUGCAACACACGGCCAUAUCAGCCUCAAAACACCCAAGGAACGAAAUGAGGCAACUCAUCUCUCAGUCUAACAACACAGUCCCUGUGUCGUGUAACCCGGAUGACAUAAUGGGAGGCAGCUCAUUAUCGAUGCAUGGACAGCUCUAUCCAGUGGACGAAUCACGAAAUGAAUGGAAAUCAUCAUCAUUGUCCAGAUGGUCCCAGAGAACACCACAGAUGUACCAUCAGCCCAUAGCCGUCACCUCUGGUGAGGUGAGCCAACACAACACAGCAGCCACCCUCACCAACUACCUCCACGACACACUACGUACCCAGCAGCGACCCAACGAACCCGAAUGGAGUGAAGCGUGGCAGAGUGCUGGAGGUGGGGCAGUGGCCAGCAAGGAUUUUGUUCAUUCCUGAGAUGUCAACUGUGCUGCCACCUGGUGAGAGAAAUCAAUAACUAUAACAGUAACGACAUCAGCAAGACGAAAACCACUACAGCAACAACAGCAACAACAACAACAACAGCAGCAGCAAUAACAACAACAUAAACCACACUGGCCAGAUGUGAUCUAACUAGAUUCAGUUGAUUGCGGACGGAGUUGACUCAGACAUUAUUGCUGUGUCACAUGAGACAUAUAACAAGGCACACACACACACACACAUGCACAGACACAGACACAGCCACACACUGAUCACUAACUGCUAGACCAUACACACACACAAACACACACAGACAUACAGACACAUGCACAUAACACACACCCACUCUCUUACACAUACAAUUAAAUAUCAAUUACAACAACAUCAACAAUAACUAUACAUAAAAAGCUAUUUUCAAACAGAAGUUUUGCAGUGAAGUUGAUAUUUCAUUGUUGAGUUGAAAAACUUGUCUAAGCCGACGUUGGAUUGGAAAGUUGUAAAAAAAACUGUCAUAUAUUGUUCAAGCUUAGUACAGAAUAUUGUGACACACAGACACACAGACAUGCAAUGUGACUAACAGUCCCAUGUUAGUGGAAAAACUUACCUAAGCUUUGAACAAUACCUUCUUAUGUUUUGCCAGUGGAACAACCAGCUUGAGAUUGAACCUUGUAACAUAAUAUUCCACAUCAGUGGAAGAACUUGUUUAAGCUUAGAACAAACUUGUAAAAAAAAUUUCCCGUUAAUGGAAAAACUUGUUUUAAGCUUGGAACUGUAUCUUAUAAUGUACAGACCCAUAUAAGCUGAAGAACUUGUCUAAGUCCAGAACUGUAUCAUAAUGUAUACAGACUCCUGACAGUUGAAGAACCUUGUCUAAACCAUGACUGUACCAUAAUGUAUAUAGUCCCAUUUCAGUCGAAGAACUUGUCUAAGGCCAGGCUUGUAUCAUAAUGUAUACAGGGCCUUGCCAGUUGAAAAACUUGAAAUUACAUAUCAAUGUCCAUGUUUUUAAUUUGUGAAAAUAAAGGUGUGUGUUUCUUUAA